AUGGUACGGGAUUAUGGGACUUUGGUGAUAUCCUGGUCUCGUUCUGACACCGCGCAGGCCCCCAAAUUAUCCAAAAGCGCUAAGCAAGACCUGAUUCUGACUCACCUGCGCGCCACUGGGACCUGUCACACGCUCAAGGAUCUCGAGAAAACACUACCCGCUGUUGCCUCCAUCAAUGGCAUCCAGGUCAAGGAGUACAUCCAGGCACUCACCGACGAGAAUCAAGUGCGUGUGGAAAAGAUCGGCAGUGGAAAUUGGUACUGGAGCUUCAGCAGCGAUGAAAAGCGUGAGCGUGAGCGUCAGUUGGCCCGGGUGAGUACGGAUGUGGAGAAUACCCGACAGGCUUGUGCCGACGCCCAAGCGGGCUUGGUUGCGGAGACUGGCCUCCGAGGAGAAGCCGAUGAGGGGCAAAGGGAUUCCUUGACGGCCAGGAAAGCCGAACUCCAGGCCGCAGUGGAUUGGGUACGGAAUGCAGAGGCCCAACUGACCGGGCCAAAUUCGCUCCGCAACAGGGGUGCAAAGCAAGUGCAGGAUGAGCUAGCGGAGUUUCGACAGGAAGCGUUGCAGUGGACGGAUAAUAUCUACAUUCUGGAGGAAUAUAUGCGCAAGCUGACCGGGGACCGCCAGAUGGUGGAUAUGAUCCUGCAGGACUGCUACGGGGAUGAGUACGUGGAUGGAGGGCUUGCAGAGAUCUGA